AUGCCGAUGGAAGGGAAACGGGGCAAGGUCAUCAUGCUCAAGUCAGUCAAAGUGCUCAGCGGGUUUAGCCGCGCCGCACUGCCCUUUGGCCUGGUUCGACGGGAACUCUCAUGCGAGGGCUACGCCAUCGACCUACGGUGCCCUGGCAGCGACGUCAUCAUGAUCGAGACGGCCAACUACGGGCGGACUGAUGACAAGAUCUGCGACGCCGACCCAUUCCAAAUGGAGAACGUCAACUGCUACCUUCCCGACGCCUACAAGAUUAUAUCACAAAGGUGCAACAACCGUACGCAGUGUGUGGUUGUCACUGGCUCUGAUGUCUUUCCCGAUCCAUGCCCCGGCACCUACAAGUACUUAGAGGUCCAGUAUGAGUGUGUUCCCUAUAAAGUGGAGCAAAAAGUCUUCAUUUGUCCUGGGACUCUAAAGGGCAUCGGCGACGCCACCUUCUUGUACGAGGCAGAGCAACAAGCGGGAUCGUGGUGCAAAGACCCGCUACAAGCUGGGGAUAAGGUCUUCUUCAUGCCUUGGACCCCAUACCGCACUGACACUCUCAUCGAGUACGCUUCUCUUGAGGACUUCCAAAACAACCGACAGACCACCACAUACAAAUUGCCCCACCGGGUAGACGGCACUGGCUUCGUGGCCUAUGAUGGCGCCAUCUUCUUUAACAAGGAGCGUACACGCAACAUUGUCAAGUUCGAUCUUCGCACGCGCAUCAAAAGCGGCGAAGCCAUUGUCAACAAUGCAAACUACCAUGACACAUCUCCAUAUCGCUGGGGCGGCAAGACUGACAUUGACUUAGCUGUGGAUGAGAGGGGCCUCUGGGUCAUCUACGCCACGGAACAGAACAACGGCCGCAUCGUAGUGAGCCAGCUCAACCCAUACACGCUGCGCUUUGAGGCCUCAUGGGACACAGCCUAUGACAAACGCUCGGCAUCCAAUGCCUUUAUGGUGUGCGGCGUGCUCCACGUGGUGCGCUCCACCUAUGAGGAGAGUGAGAACGAGGGCGGCGGUAGCCAGAUCGAUUACAUAUACAACACCAAGCUCAGCCAAGGCGAGUACACAGACAUAGGCUUCCCCAACCAGUACCAGUACAUCACGGCUGUGGAUUACAACCCCCGAGACAACCAGCUAUACGUGUGGAAUAACUUUUACAUCCUUCGCUACGACCUCAACUUCGCACCGCCUGAUCCUGUUGAAGUGUCACCAGUGGGUGAAUUUCCGGUCUCUAAACCACCGGCCAGAACCACCACCUUCCUGGCGGCCACAGCUGCGCCCACAGCAAAGAGCCAAGGUGACCCUACCUUAGAGGGUGGAGCGGACCCCAGGGAUGGCAGGGAUCCGUUCGAGGACAUCCGAGGCUCGGCUACGGCGGAACCUGCCGUGCCGGACUUACCCCCCACACCCAGGCGCUUCUGUGAGGCCACCCGGCGGCGGGGUAUCGACUGGCCACAGUCCCAUACAGGCUCAACGGUGGAAAGGCCCUGCCCUAAAGGAACCAAAGGUGUUGCCUCCUUCCUGUGCACGGUGGCGGGGAGCUGGUGCUCCAAGGGCCCGGACCUCAGCAACUGCACUUCCCACUGGGUGACUCAAGUGGCACAAAAAAUCCGAAGCGGAGAGAAUGCAGCCAACCUUGCCAACGAGCUAUCAUUAUACACGAAGGGCCCCGUAUUCGCCGGUGACGUGAGUUCCUCAGUGCGUCUCAUGGAGCAGCUGGUAGACAUCCUGGAUGCUCAGCUGCAGGAGCUCAGGCCUAGCGAGAAGGACUCUGCAGGACGCAGCUUCAACAAGCUUCAAAAGCGAGAGAAGACAUGCAGGGCGUACAUGAAGGCCAUCGUGGACACCGUGAACAAUCUCCUCAGGCCCGAGGCUCUGAAGUCGUGGCGAGACAUGAAUUCCACAGAACAGACACACGCCGCCACUAUGAUGCUAGACACCCUGGAGGAAGGCUCCUUCGUCCUCGCCGAGAACCUCAUUGAGCCGGCCAUCGUCAAAGUGCCCGCCGAGAACAUCGUGCUGGAUGUAUACGUGGUGAGCACAGACGGCCAGGUGCAGGACUUCAGGUUCCCACAGACCAGCAGGGGCGGAUCCACGCUUCAGCUCUCCUCUAAUACAGUGAAAGUCAAUAGUAAAAAUGGUGUGGCCAAGCUGGUCUUCGUGCUGUACAAACACCUGGGUCAGUUCCUCAGCACGGAGAACGCCACACUGCGGGGCCACGGGGACGCCGGCAGACAUAACCUCUCCCUCACGGUCAACUCCCACAUCCUCUCCGCCUCCAUCACUAAGGAGUCCAGCCGCGUGUUUGUGGCCGACCCCGUGAUCUUCACGCUGGAACACCUGGAUAAGGAGCACUACUACAAUCCCAACUGUUCUUUCUGGAAUUAUUCCGAGCGGAGCAUGAUGGGUUACUGGUCCACUCAGGGCUGCAAGUUGCUGGACACCAACAGGAGCCAUACCAAGUGUUCAUGCAAUCACCUCACCAACUUCGCCAUUCUCAUGGCUUACCGUGGGAACACGGGCAAGGGGAGCGUCCAUGAGCUGCUCCUCACCAUCAUCACGCGGAUGGGCAUAGCUGUGUCUCUGGUGUGCCUGGCCAUCAGCUUGUACACCUUCUGUUUUUUUAAGGGCCUUCAGAGCGACCGCAAUACCAUCCACAAAAACCUCUGCCUCAACCUCUUCGUCGGGGAGCUUGUCUUUCUCGUAGGCAUCAACAUGACUGAACCCAAGCUGGUGUGCUCCAUCAUUGCCGGCAUUCUCCACUUCUGCUUCCUGGCCGCCUUUGCCUGGAUGUGUCUGGAGGGCGUGCAGCUGUACCUCAUGCUGGUGGAGGUCUUCGAAAGCGAGCACUCUCGGCGCAAGUAUUACUACGUGGUCGGCUACUUCUUCCCGGCGGCCGUGGUUGGCAUCUCGGCGGUCGUCGACUACCGUAGCUAUGGAACGCCGCGAGCGUGCUGGCUGAGAGUGGACAACCAUUUCAUCUGGAGCUUCAUCGGGCCCGUCACUUUUGUAAUCGUGGUCAACGUCAUCUUCCUUGUGGUCACCAUGUACAAGAUGGUCAAGCAUUCCACCUCCAUGAAACCAGACUCCUCCAGGAUGGGGGGGAUUAGGUCAUGGGUGUUGGGAGCUUUUGCUCUUCUUUGUCUCUUGGGCCUGACGUGGUCUUUUGGUCUGUUCUUUCUCAACGAGUCCUCUGUUGUGAUGGCAUACCUCUUCACCAUCUUUAACACCCUUCAAGGAAUGUUCAUCUUCAUCUUCCAUUGCCUCCUGCAGAAGAAGGUCCGCAAAGAAUACAGCAAAUGUUUCCGUCAGUCUCAGUGCCGUGGCACCCUGUCAUCCGAUGGCCCCCACGGAUCGGUCAAGACAGCCACGUCUCGGACUACAGCACGCUACUCCUCUGCCACCCAGAGCCGCAUCAGGCGCAUGUGGAACGACACGGUGAGGAAGCAGUCGGAGUCCUCCUUCAUCUCAGGAGACAUAAACAGCACCUCCACGCUCAACCAGGGCAUGACCGGCAACUACCUUCUAACUAACCCCCUACUCCGCACCCACGACACUAACCCUUAUAACAACCUGCUGGCAGAGACGGUGGUGUGCAACACGCCCUCUCCACCAACCUUUCACUCUCCAGGACAGCAGUCUCUGAGCAACAGCAGGGACAUCAGCACCAUGGACACCCUCCCCCUCAACGGCAACUUCAACAACAGCUACUCCCUGCGAGACGAUGACUAUGAAGGCGUCGGCGUGCGCGUCCCCCCGCCGGACUUAGGGGGCCUCAACCUAGACGACGCCGCCUUUGAGAAGAUGAUCAUAUCUGAGAUCGUGCAUAAUAACCUGCGCCCUCGCGCUGUCCCCAGAAGCCGUGGUGACGCCAAGCGGGACAGGGGCCCGACGCUGGCCCCGCAGACCCGGGUGGCCGGGGACCGGGGCAGCGGGAGCGGCAGCGAGGACGACGCCAUCGAGGCAGAUCGCGUCGAGGCCUCGUCCCCGCAGAGAGGAAGCGUGCAAGAAGGCCACGCGCCCCUCGAGCUGCUCCUGCACCCCCACCACAAGGAGGCCCUGGAGGCUCCCCUUCUUCCCCAGAGGACUCACUCUCUGCUCUACAGUGCCCAAAAGGCUCCUAGGCAGCUGGAGGGCCAGGUGGAGACCCUGACACCGGGAGAGGACACGAGCAACAACAACAGAGACUCUCUUUACACCAGCAUGCCCAACUUGAGGGACUCACCCUCCGCUUCACCGUACCCUACUGAGGAGGAGGAAGAGGACGAGCUCUCCCCAUCCACCCGGAGCGAGAGCGAGGACACGUACCAUAAAAGCAUGCCCGAGCUCGGCGAUGCCCCGCCUCUCUCCUAUUACCACAUAAACCGAGUGCCCAGCGACGGCUGCGUCCCUCCGGCGGCGCCCGCGACCCAAGAGGGGGACGCAGCCGGCGACGGACAGAUGCAGAUCAUCACCAGCCUCUGA